UUGUGGCACAGUAGUGACUCGCAUUACAGGUAUGACACACGUAAGGAAACAAGAAAACCUCCUUAUAAAAAACUCACUCAGUGUUUCCUGUGCCGUGAUUGCGUAAAUAAACCAGUCCAGUGAAACGGCUCUGUGACCGAUGACAGUUUUCCACCCUUCAAAGCGUUUGUGCCUUUUGUAUGCACAUGUGUUGCUAUGACGACAGCCUUAGUGAGAGCAAACAAGGCGUCAAGCCAGCUUGCAGGGGCAUACGGUCUGGGACUUAAAAUGCCCCCUUUUCCUGUCUGCUUUCUGCAGGAUGAUUUUGUCUAUGUGCAUUACGGCCUCCGAGUGUGUGUGUACAGUGCAAGUAAAUCUAAUUUAGCAACCUUUACACCAUGACUGUCCCAAAGCGCUACUCCUAAUUUAAUAAACCUGAAAUUUAUUUAGUGUCAUCCAGUGCAGUAUUACACUGAGCUUGGACGCCAUCCCAUGCAGCACAAGGCAGGACCACCCAGGCUGGGCUUUGAGACACAUUCACAGAAUAGCAGGAAUUUAGAAAAGCCAAUUCACCAAACUGCAUAUAUUUGGAUAUCUCGGGAAAACUUGUGCCAAUAAGGAGGACGUGCAAACCACACAUGCUCAGAGCCAUGGUGGGGAUUCGAACCGGUGACCCUGGAGUCUCCAGGAGGACCAGGAUGGCGGCACAGUGCGUCACCAAGGUGGAGCUGACUGUAUCCUGUGAGAACCUGCUGGACAUGGAUGUGGGCUCCAAGUCGGAUCCGUUGUGCAUCCUGCUGAUGAACACGUCCGGGACACAGUGGUUUGAGGUGGGUCGUACCGAGAGGGUCAAGAACUGCCUGAACCCCAAGUUUGCCAAGAAGUUCAUGGUGGAUUACUACUUCGAGCUGGUGCAGCAGCUGAAGUUUGCGGUCUAUGACAUCGACAACAAGACGGUUGACCUCGGCGAUGACGACUUCCUGGGCGAACUAGAAUGCACAUUGGGGCAGGUCGUGUCCAGCAGGAAGCUGACCCGACCACUGGUACUGAAGAACAAGCGACCCGCAGGCAAAGGAACCAUCACGAUUUUUGCAGAAGAAAUAAAGGACAACAGGGUGGUGAAUUUCGAAGUGGAAGCCAGGAAACUGGACAACAAGGAUUUUUUCGGGAAGUCGGACCCUUACUUGGAGUUCUACAGGCAGACAGAGACGGGUUGGCAGCUGGCCCACAGGACCGAGGUGAUCAAGAACAACCUGAACCCCACCUGGAAGCCUUUCCAGAUCCCGCUGCAGGCUCUGUGUGGGGGCGACAUGGAGAAGAGCAUCAAGGUGGAGUGUUAUGACUAUGACAAUGACGGGUCACAUGACCUCAUUGGCAUCUUCGAGACCAACAUGACGCGGCUGCUGCAGGCUUCACGCGUCGCGCCGGCGGAGUUUGAUUGCGUGAACAGCAAGAAGAAGCAGAAGAAGAAGAACUACAAGAACUCAGGCGUGGUGAGCGUGAAGCUCUGCCAGGUGGUGAAGAGGUACACAUUCCUGGACUACAUCAUGGGUGGAUGCCAGAUCAACUUCACAGUGGGGGUGGACUUCACAGGCUCCAAUGGCGACCCCCGGUCUCCAGACUCUCUGCACUACAUCAACCCGCAGGGGCACAAUGAGUACCUGGCAGCCAUCUGGAAUGUUGGCCUGGUCAUCCAGGACUAUGACAGUGACAAGAUGUUUCCGGCGUUUGGGUUCGGAGCUCAGAUCCCUCCCACCUGGCAGGUCUCCCACGAGUUCCCCCUCAACUUCAACCCCUCCAACCCGUUCUGUGCAGGCAUCGAAGGGAUAGUGGAGGCCUACAGGAAGUGCCUGCCUCAGGUCAGGCUGUACGGGCCCACAAACUUCUCACCCAUCAUCAACUCUGUAGCCCAAUUUGCCGCUCAGGCCAGCCAGCAGAAAACUGCCUCGCAAUACUUCGUCCUCCUCAUUAUCACCGAUGGUGUGAUCACGGACCUGGACCAGACACGUACGGCCAUCGUCUAUGCCUCUAGGCUGCCCAUGUCCAUCAUCAUCAUAGGGGUUGGCAGCGCCGACUUCAGCACCAUGGAAUUCCUGGAUGGUGAUGACGGGACACUGCGGGCCCCCACGGGCGAGCCCGCCAUGCGGGACAUUGUGCAAUUCGUGCCCUUCAGGAAGUUUCAGAACUGCCCCAAGGAGGCUUUGGCCCAGAGCGUGCUGGCUGAGGUCCCAGGCCAGGUAAUGGCCUAUUUCAACAUGGUCAACCUGAGCCCACCAAACAGCAUCACUCCGCCGAUGACCGAAGACCCGACUCUUCAGCGUUAACCCUGCCCCCACCGGCUGCUGGUCUGAAGUCCCCACCCGCGGUCCGGGAUAAGCAUGCCCCACGCCUGGUCUGUGUGUAAUUAUCUCACUUGCUCUUAACUCACACUCUUGUCUAAAAAAAAAAAAGCAUCCCAUCACAUCCUCUUUUUGGCCUAAUAUCUACAGCCUUAUUUUUAUUAAGCCAAAUGCCAAACAGUGCCAGUCACCAGGCAUAAUAUAGCACAAUAAUGCUUCAAAUAA